CUCGUUUUCUUUAAUCAAGAUUCUUUGUUUCUCUACAUUCAUAUUAGAAAAACAUGACACAAGAGAAAGAAGUAUCGACGUCAAGAACAUCAGCUGGCCUGACUUUACAACAAAGAGCUCACGUGGUGGUAAAUGGAUUAGGGGCAGCAAGUUGGUUCUGGAUCAUAGUGAUGGUGUUAUAUCAAUGGUUCCUUGUUGACCAAGGAGUAUGGAAGGGAUUACCAGCUGGAUUGCAAACCUGUGUUGAUGGUGUAGUGUUGUAUAGCGCCAUCCUGGAUACGAGUAUGCAUUACACUGAGGAUCUUUUACUAUGUGUACAAACUUUGAUUCGACUUUUCGUCCUGUUUGGAAUCAUCACCUUGUUCCCGUCCAUCCAAUCACUCAAAAUCUAUUAUCCCUGUUUAUUAUUCGUCUGGGCUACACAACAUGUUGUUCGCUAUAGUUAUGAUGCUUAUCAAAAACUCUCUGAUUUUCCCUCUCUCGUCCAUGCUCGCUUUGCCUGGCCCUUAUAUUUGGCUCCUCUUGGUGUCGUGUUAGAAAUCAUGAUGAUGUAUACUGCUUUGCCUUUGGCCAAGGAAUGGAACAGAACAUAUGGUCUUAUGAUGGCUUUUGGUGGUCUUGCUUAUUUACCAGGUUUCCCUGUCUUAUAUAAAAAUGUCUUGAUUGAACGACGAAGAUAUAUCCAACGCCUAUUCCUAGAAAAAAACAAAUGAUAAUCUUAGUAUAAUCCUUUUUAUUUAUUUAUUUAUAUUCUCUAAUAAAACAUGUCUGUAUUUUAUUUUUUAUUUUUA